AUGGUAUGCUCCCAGUCCCGGACCGUCAAGCUAGCAACUGACUUUUCGUCCAAUAACAUUCCUGAACAGUGCGAUGGCAAUGCUCCAUGUCGAGCCUGUAGGCUCAAGGGUCGGGACUGCCAGCGACUUGGAACCGAUAUGCGAGGACGGUGGCGAUCAAAGGACAAAGCAUUUGCUGGGACACGCGAUCUCGCACCUCGGCCGGGUCGGAUCGAGCGGGAACUGGAACUGACAAAUACGGAGACGCAUACAGAACAGGCGCAGAGGGACUCGAACGCAUCAGCUCCAUCCGUACGGGAAAUCCACGCGAGAAACAGGCGAGGCUCCCGUCAACGCAGCCUCUCUCCUCAAGUCCCGACUUUCUCCGGGGAGACGUCCAUCGCGCACAACAUCACAGUUGUAGAGGGGCGACUGGAGCAAAUGGGCGUCCAAUAUGGACAACGAUCAAAUCCCCCGGGACGCUCAUUUAGAUCCUGCUUGACCCCGUCUCCGGUACCGUCGAUCAACCGUUCAUCGGAUCGGCAGGUGAGCUUCAUUCAUAGGCUCCUUGACACCCAUGGCAUCACACCCGACCGCGAGACGUGGGAGACACUUAUGCACACAUUCUGCGACGAGGUACAUAUCCUUGUCCCGUUUUUACACCCACCAAGCCUGUGGAAGCUUCAUGAUGAGAUGUGGCAGGGUUCUUUGGGUCAGAAUUCUGGCGAUGACGAGCGAAGCGGUGCUCGACGCGUGCAAGCAGCCCAUGUUUUGUUAUGUGUUGCAAACGGUCGAUGUGUGGAGACCUCCCGCUAUGAAGGCGAUACCGGUCCUUAUUCUGCAGGCUGGAGCUUGUACAGUGCCGCUCGAGAUAUCUUCGGUGAUCUCCUCGAAGGAUUUUGUCAAUACACAGAUCAAGUAUUUGUGCUCCAGACGGCCCUUCUGAUGGUUAUUUAUCUCUUUCGUCUCGACGCUCAUGGAUCCGCUGAAAAGGUCUUGGCUCUGUCAAUUUCACACGCGCAUCAUCUCGGUCUGCAAAGAGAAAGAGUGGUCAAGAAAAUGCCACCUUUCCAGGGCGAAAUGUCCCGUCGCUUGUGGUGGUGCAUCUAUAUAUUGGACAGGCGGCUAGCCAUUGAGACAGGUCGUCCCUUUCUCAUUCAAGACGUGAAUGUUGACGUGGGCCUUCCUCGCGAUGCGAGUGAUGAAUGGCUCACGAGAUGCCAAAGGAACCCGCAAUUAAGGAUCGACGAGGGAGCUACAGAGUCCGCUCCUACCAGGAUUCCAUAUCUAGUCGCCAUGGCAAGCUACUCGCGGGUUAUCGGAAAGGUUUGGGAAGCAUUAUAUGGCGCUGCAACCUCCGAGUCAACACCGAGUCCCCUUCUGAACGAGUACCUUGAGCAUCUCAUUGCCCAGUCUCAGACAGACAUUCGACCGGAGUUCUCCUACAACCAUCGCCACCCAGUUAACCAUGAUCUGGAGGGAAUGCUUUGGUGGCAGAUAAAACAGCACCUCAUUAUGCGAAUCAGAUGGUCCUCUCUCUAUCUUCUGAUUCGAAAGCCGAUGCUUCAAAGAGCACGAUCCCCUCAUCAUCCUGCUGCCCCUGAAGCCUUCGAAAACGAAGUCAUUUGUAUGCGACUGGCUCGCACCAUCAUUGAUGACUUCUGCAAUGUGCCAGAGGAGCACCCCAAGUACACUUUCCCCUUUCUGCACUACCUGUCGAGCGCUACAAUCAUUGUGCUCGGUCUCAUUAUCAAACAGCCUUCAUUCAAAAGCAAGUACGGUGUUUUAACCCUCGAAGCUGCAAGAUCACUCAGGGAACAUUGCCACAAGACUUGGGUGUCGGGGAAGAUGGCUCAGACCGUUUGGAAGUUGAACCAGAUGGCUGACGCAACGCUGAGCUUUGAUGAUCGACCACCGGGGGCGAUUGAAGGCCCUACUCCCGACACAAAUGAGUCUCCAACUCCUUCAACUUCUGCUCAACGCCGAGCAUACUUCGUAACAGGAGAGCCGCCAUCCAUUGCCUCACAAAUGAGCAUGUCAGAAACGGCAGCCACCAGAGCUACUGAAUUAGAGCCCGAUAUAUCACUCUCGGAGGAAAUGAUAGACGGCGGAAUGGAGUGGCUACAAUCACUUUUUGCAAAUGGUCUCGACACCAACCUUUUGCCAGUUUGGGAUUGA